AACAUUAGCUACCAAGCUACAGCCGGAUGAAUGGAAACAGCUGAGCUAAUGAUAGAUGUGGAAACGCUUGGUGCUAGCGCACACAAAUGAAUUGUGAGUUUCGAACAACCGUUUGAAUAAAUACAUUAACUAACUAGCAGGCUAGGUAUAUGACAUAAAUUGUGUCUGGCUUUAGGUAGGAGGUGUAGAGAGAUUUAAUUCGGGGUCACUUCAUUUGUUGGUUCGCUGACAUCUAGAUCUAGCUAAUUUAGCUAAUCUUUGUACUUCUUAGCUAGCUAAAUUCAUCUACAUUUACAUUUCUGGGUGGAAUCGACAGCGCUAUCGCCCGUAUAUAAAAUAAAUACGAAAGCAAAUAUGGAGCCAAGCAUCUCUUUUUUAAAAUACGAGCUUGCCUCCACCAUCGAACAAGCGGUGAGAUGCGCUGUAGAGACGGUCCUGCAGGAAACUGCCAAGCUAGUAGACACGAAGCUGAGCGCUGCUCACACCGCCGCUGCCGAGUGCGAUCGAGAGAACAAGAGCUUGAAAGAGAAACUCGAGAUCAAGGAAAGUGAACUGAAGGCUGUGCGGUACUACAUGACAGCGGCCGAGAAGAACAUAAAACAGUGCUUGCUCCUCAAUCAAAGUCAGCCGCUUUCACAUACAGUGAGCUCAGAGCAGACCCGAAGCGAGGAUGCCCUCUUUCUGUUACCCCCCACUUCCUCUGAUUUGCUGCCGGACCCGCUGAGCGGCGGAGGCGCCUCGCGUAGGUCAGUGAAAUCAUUUCGAAGCUCGUCUCUGCGCGCUUCGACCUCCAAAUCCUUCCCCAGUGUUGGCCUCUGCUUGCCAACAGUGCAAACGGAAUGGACCAGGAGCAGCUCCAGCUUCCGCAGGAGAAUCCGGUCCUCCUUAAACCCAUCCCUGCUGACAAGCCAAAGCCGAACUACCCACGGCGCGGCGGAGUUGCACACCCAACCCGAACUGUUGCGAACUGUGGGAGACACUGAAAAUCAGUUCUACAUCACGGCAGACGGAGCAUCAGAGAAAGAAUACACAGCAGCACCCAAGGGAGAGGAAGAUGCUGGGAGAUAUCAGCAGGAGGGGCAGAGAGCGUCACCUGAGCCCCAGGAGGAGGAGACUGAGGUCACAGAGUUUGAGUUUGAGAUGGGCUCACCCCCGGCGGGCCACGUGAACGAGCUGGGCCUGAUCCGGGUACUGGACGAUGGGGAGGAUGUCAAAGAGGGUGUGAUCAAAAUCGAGGAGGACUCAGACCCUGCCCCACUCCUGCAACAGGUCUCCCCUCCUGCUGACGGCGGUGGCGGCAUUCUCAGUGGCGCCUUCCUACAAUCCUCUGGCGAUACCUCUGGGGAUGGGGUUGCCGUGGCGCAAAAGCAGCAGCAGCAGCCGCAGAGCCCGGACAAGGUCCACCGCUGCAACGUGUGCGGCCGCGGGUUCCGCCGCUUCUACAGCCUCAAGACGCACCAGCGCAUCCACACAGGCGAGCGGCCGUACCCCUGCAUGUUCUGCGAGAAGCGCUUCCGCCAUCUGGACAGCCUGCAGAAGCACCAGCGCAUCCACACGGGCGAGCGGCCGUACCGCUGUGCCCAGUGCGGCUUCUGCUUCCGUGAGCUGGGCCACCUCAAGAAGCACCGGCUCACCCACUCGCCGCAACCCCAGGCGCUCCCCACGGGCAGCACCUACACCUGGACACACCUUGCUUCCCAGUCCCUGGACAGCACCUAAAACACCACACAAGCACGCACACGCA